AUGACAUAUUUAAAAAUUUACUUUCCAAAUGGUUCUUUUCAUACUUUACGAUAUACAUCAUCGACAACUAUUGCUGAUUUAAUUCGUAUAGCUUUAAAAGGUCGUCUUUCAUCUUGUGAUUUAGUUUAUUUUUUGUCAUUUGCUCUUCGUGUAACAUAUGUUGGACAAGAACAACAAAUAGUUUUGUCAUCAUUAAAUAAAAAUAAUAUCGUGAAUAAAUGGGUUCAUUCAAAUAUGACUAUGGAAAAAGUACAGAUAUUGUAUGGAAUUGCUGAUGAAUUAAAGUAA